AUGAUCAGCUACACGAAUGUCGUCGUCUUCAAGGAGGUUUCCAGGACCCAUCAACCUCGAAACCCCCAUCUUUCCAGAGCAUCCUGGAGAAUUCCGUGGAAAUCGAAGGGAAAAAUGUGAUUUGUACGAGUUGCCGAGCGGAACUCGGCCGUGUACAGAAAUGUUUGGAAAUUAUUCCUUCAAAUAAAAGAUUUUUCAUUGAAGAUCAUUCUGAAAUGUUCUCUUUCAAUCACCUUACUGCUACCUUGACUGUUGGCGGCAACCGGCAGCCGUAUAUUGAAAAAACGUGAGUUUCUGAGGCUGUUUUUAUUGGGUUAGGUGUGCUCCAUGGAUAAAGUUGAAUGAAAAAUCGGUUUCAGCGGUUAAGAAUAAUUUUUGAGUGCAUUUCUAGCGAGAAAAGGAACUAUUCAAGCGUUCUGUUUAUUUUGAAUACCAGAAGCGAUUUUUGUUAAGCUAGAGGUGCUCCAAGCAAAAAUUUGAAUGGAAAUCGGUUUUUUCAAUAGAUUAUAAUUUUUUAAGCCUUUUUGGAACAAGACAGAAACUGUUGAAAGAUUUUUCCUAUUUUGGAAGUUUCUGAGGCGAUUUUUGUUGGGUUAAGUGUGCUCCAUGGAUAAAUUUGAAUAUAAAAUCGGUUUUUUUUUCGAUUGAUUUCAAUUUUUGAGCCUUUUUGGAGCUGGACAGAAACUAUUAAAAGGUUUUUCCUCUUUUGAAAGCUUCUGUGGCAAUUUUCCUUGGUUUGAGUGUGCUCCAAAGAUAAAUUUAGAUGAAAAUCGAUUUUUUGAGUGGUGUUUAAAUUUUUUUGAGCUUUUUUGAAGCAAGGCAGAAAUUUUUGAAGGGUUUUUCCUAUUUUAAAAGCUUAUGAGACGAUUUUCUUUGGUUUAAGUGUGCUCCAUGGAUAAAUUUUUAUUGAAUUUUUUUUGUUUUCAUAAUAUUGUCUUUUUCGAUUUCUUGAGCAUUUUUUUGGAGCAAGAAGGAAAGCUGUUGGAUGAUUUCUUUUUGUUUUGAAAUUUUUCCUGGAGCGAUUUUUUUGUUGGGAUAGAGAUGCUACAUGAAUAAAUUUGAGUGAAAAUCGAUUUCUACAGAGAGAUUAGCAAAGUUAAACUAGAAGCUUGUUUUUCCUGUUUCAGUUGUGUUUUAUAGAAAGAUUGAAAAAAAUUAAGAUAAUAUUAGUUCAGUCCUGUUUGUUAGAGUCGGCUUCGAACGAAAAUUCAUUUGAAAAGUUAGUUUUUUUCUUGGGCAUUUUUUUAUUGCUAAAUUUCUGAGAAAAAGCCAAAAAUAUCGAAUUUAUACUCCAAAAAUUGUUUAUUUCAGGCCCCAAAACAUUUCCGUUUUCAUGGCUCAACUCGUCCUUUCGACUUGUGAAGCACAAGGAAGUCUGAAACUGAUCGUCAGGUCCUUAGAUCGGACUCCUCAUCUUUUGGUGAGAUUCAGAGUGAAAAAUUUAUAAUUUUUAUUCGAAAAAAAAUAGAUUUUUUUGUAGUAAAAUCACCUCUAUUUUUGUGUAGAAAAGUUUUUAGAGCUUUUUUUCUAAAAAAAUUUCAUGAAAAAAAUUCAAUUUUUCGAUCUCAUAGCCUCACUUAAAUCAUUCUCAUUAGUAUCCUCGUAGAUCUGGCUGCUGGAUUCCUACGUGAUUCUGGCCACGGGUCAACUGGAAAAGCUUGAGGAAGAUUCUGGCGAUGAAUCUGGAGGUAAAAAAAUCGAUAUGAUCGAUAUUUGAUCAGAAAAUAUGACUUUCAGUUGUUCUUGAACCCUUUUCCCGGCCGUCAAACUUCUCUACAAGGUCUUCGAUGCGGUUUCCGCGGCUAGGUCUUGAGUUAGAAUGUUUUAGAACCUUGAAGAAACACAUUUUUCAGAAUGUGUAUAUUUAAAACGAGAAUAUAAUGUACGAGAAAUGUGGAAAAAAGCAAAAUUUCAAAAAUUUAAAUAAUAACUGUGAGAAUGGUUAGUGGCCACCCUAGGCGUUUUGAGAUUUCAGUGACCACUGAUAGUAGUCGAAUUUAGUGGGACCUCUUAAGUGGCUAAAAAUCAACGGCCUCUUUAGAAGUCUAAGGGGCACUACUAGACUACUAAAACUACUUAAGUCGCCUCUUGAAUGCGAUUUAUUGGCUUCUGAAGGGGUGAUUUUAGUGGCCAGUGUCCUUUCCAAGUAGUCCUUGAGGAACCACUCAAGUGACCACUAAAAAUGUUUCACAGAACUGGUAUAAAUAUAUAAAAAAAUAAAAUAGAUUACUGUUUCAAAAAUUAGCUUAAGUUCUCAAUUAAUAUGAUUUCCAUUAAUAAGCAUGUGUGCAAACUCUUCAUUCGAAAAAUCAGAAAUUUGUGUUUGUUAGAACUUUUUAUUUUUUUGAAUAAAGGACAAGAAUAAUUUUUCAAGGGUUUGAGAUUGAAUCACAAAUUUUGUUCGUACAACAUCGUAGUCAAGUUAAAAAAAGUUGCGUUGAAGGUUUGAAAAAUCUGAAAAAAAUUCUAUCAGUCCUUAUUUGUCAAAUGAUUGAUAAGAUUUAAAUUUAUCAAGUUUUUCGUGAAAAAGCGUGAAAAUUUAAUUUUUAUGAAGUUAGGCAUGAAGUAAUUUUCGAAAUUUCCAUUUCCAGUGACCCAAGAGCGAACGGCGAGGAUUCCUCGGUUGGACUACUGGAAAUUCCGCUCAACUGCUGCAUGCAACUGA